AUGUCAAUUCCGUGGGAGCGAGGUGCCAGGACUGCCAGAGAAUUGGACAGUACGCCGACGCAUACUCGACUCGCGCAUAUGUACGAUGUGGAAAACUUUGUCCGAGGGUUUCGCAACGCAGAGCUCAACACAGCUUACAUCGUGGUGAUGAUGAGGGAUGGUGCAUCAGAGAGAGCGCUGCUGGAUGCAUUGGCCGUGAUUCAAGAGAAUGAUACGGAGUGGUAUGAUCGGAUCAAGCAUGUUGUGCCACAAGGGAUCAGUCAAUACAAAGAAGAAGCCAGCCACCAGGCUUGA